CCGUCGCACAUGCGCUCUGCGGCCAUCACAGUAUGAAGAAGAGUGCAGUGCACAAGUAGCGCGAGAGAUGAAGACUCCCCCGGACAGGUCAGGGAUCACCUUUGAGGUUGGAGCUCAGCUAGAAGCCCGAGACCGCCACAAGAACUGGUACGCAGCCACGAUCGAGAAAAUCGACUACGACAAAGAGCGGAUCCAGGUCCACUACCGUCAGUGGAGCCGGCGACAUAACGAAUGGUUUCACUGGGGCUCACCGUACCUGCGGCCGCUGGAGCGAGUCAGCCUGAGGAGGCAGGGUCUGAAUCCACCAUGUUCACAGCCGAUGUUUGUUUCAGGUACAAAGGUUCUGGCCUGUUGGACAGACUGUCGUUUCUACCCGGCCAAAAUCCUCAGAGUCAACAAGGACGACUCCUACACGGUGCGUUUCUUUGAUGGUGUGGUUCGGACUGUGAAGCCCACAAAGAUCAAACCCUUCCAAAGAAAGUCCAGAUCUGAGAAGAGUGCAGUGGGAAGCGAGGGAUGGGAGGAAGGGGAGAGCGAGGAGGAGGAGGAUGGUGGACAGAGAGAGGAGGAAGAGGAGGAGGAGGAGGAGAAGAAGAGGAAGGAGGACAUGGAGGAGAAGGGGACGUCAGAGGAGAAAGAAUGGACUGAGGAGAGAGAGGAGGAGAGGAAGAGGAAGGGAGAACCUUCAUCCUCCCAUUCACCAGCUAAGAAGAAAACAGAUGACAGUAGAAACAGUGGAGCUCAGAAUCAGCCAAUCACAGCUGACCCCACCCAGCGGGCUCUGCCUAACCCAGCCCACAUCGACAGAGAUGUCCUGUUGGAGCGUCAGGCCCACCUGCCCACCACACACAAAUUCAGCAGAGAGCCAUUGUACAGGGUGAUAAAGAACCAGCCCCCUCCCAUUCUCUCCAUCGAGUUGGACCACAACCCCUUCAAGUGUCCCGCAGCCGGCUGCACCAAGUCAUUCAGGAAGGCGAGUCUGCUGCACUACCACAUCAAGUACUACCACACAGACCAGCAGCUGGACGAGCGAGGCGGCGAGCAGGAGGCGCAGAGGAGGGUGCGGUCGUCUUCUAAAGGGAGCGACUUCAUGUCAGACAGCAAGAGUGAGGACCAGAGCAGCACCUGUCACCAUGACGACAGAGAGCACAGCACCGUGGGAACAGGUAGGACAGCUGUGCAUCAUGCAGAAGUGAAGAAGGAAGGAGAGAGGGAGAACACAGGAGAACAGGACAGAAAGGAGAGGAUGAAGAACUUCCUGAGAGUCAAACUAAAGAAGAAGAAAAAGAAGAAGAAGAAGAAGAAAAGUCAGUCAGGACUUGGCAGCAGCGAUGAUGAGAAUUUAGACCGACCUCCGAUCACUCUGAAGCUGUCCACUGGCCACCAGAGCAUACACACACAAGCCGACGAUGAUGGCAGCGACUGGUCGACGCUGACGGCAGAGAGCGGGGAGGACACGCCCUAUUGGCCUGUUGCUAUGGAGACAGAGGAGUGUGAGGUGGUGAGGUGUGUGUGCGAGGUGGACGAGGAGAACGACUUCAUGAUCCAGUGCGAGUCGUGUCUGUGUUGGCAGCAUGGCACCUGUAUGGGUUUAUAUGAAGACAACGUCCCACACAACUACACCUGCUACUACUGCAGACACACUGCAGGUUGGAGGCGGGCUCAGCGUUUCCUGUCAGAACCUGAUUUGCUGAUAUCUGGUCACAUGUUCGGCCUGUCGUGCGUGAAGGAGAACUACUCGGAGAUCAACGCCUCCAAGAUCUCACACACCAGCAGCCUGCUGGCGCACACACACGGCCUCAACCAGGUCCUCAGCGGGCUGCAGCUCAAAUUCAGCCUGUUACACUCUCCGUCCCACCCGGAUCUGCAGCUGUGGAGGUUGCCAUGGAGACGAGAGGAAGGGCCGAGAUUGACGUCCAGCCCGAGAGGAGAGCCUCCCGCCUGUUACAUCAGCAGCGAGCACUGCUACCAGAAGCCUGGAGCAUCAUGGGAAAAAGCAGAGGAAAGGCAGACAGCUGCAGUGAAGCAGGAGCAGGACACCGAGCAGGAGGAAAUAAAGCCAGAAGAUGUUGACAAGAAACCAGCCGAUGCCACCGCAGAUACAAACACUGUCACGCACACAGACACAAUUAGCAUAAAAAGAGAGAACCACACACACGCAGACAGCCGGGAACACGCUAUGACACACACAGCGGAGCCCCGUGUGGCAUCUGAGGCCGAGUGUCAGCUGAACCUGCUGGAGCACGUGGAGUCUCUGCACCACCAGAUCAGCACCAGGAUGGACAUGAUAGAGCGAGAGCUGGACGUGUUAGAGUCCUGGUUGGACCACUCGGGUGAGCUUGAGCCUCCAGACCCUUUGUCCCGCCUCCCUCAGCUCAAACAGCGAAUCAGGCGGCUGCUGUGUGACCUGUGCACUGUGAGACACCUGGCGGUCUGGCGCUGACACUUCUCACUCCCUUAACUCUGACCCCUGACCUUUGACCCUGCAAGUCUCUGCUAGCCAGCAGGAGCAGACUGACUGACGGGGCUAGCACAUGACUAGACAGCGGAGAGUGAGUCGUAGAGCGAGUCGACACUCUUGAGUGUGUGGUUUGUUUCCUCGCUCUCACAGGACAGAGCCCCCUCCAGUGGAGAAGAGCUGCACUGCAGCAUGAAGGGGACGAGGAUGUUUUUUUAGCAAGUGACUGAACAGGUGAUUUUUCUUCUGUUAAAUUUCACAAAGGUACCAAAACAUUUCAGAUGUCCAACCACAGGGUGACGACAGAUGUGAUUAUUGAUUGAUUGAUUUGGAUUUGGUUUCUGAUCAGCUGUUUUCAUCCAUGUUGUCGUGACACAGUGGCUUUUGUCUGUUUGGAUGACUGAAGUGAACUGCGUGUCGUCAUUUGCAUCAGACAAGGUUUACAGUUUAGACUGAAAUAUGGCUGCAACAAAUUAUGAUGUGUUUUUACUGAUUAAUCUGUAGAUCAUUUUCUUAAUUGAUUGAUCGUUUGGUCUAUGAAACAUUGGAAAACAGCGAGAAAAGUGUGUUUCAAUAUCCUAGAAUCUCAAGUGACUUCAGUGACUUCUCGUUAUGUUGCAUUUGAAAACCUGGAAAUUUUUGCUUGAAAAAUUAUUUAAACAAAUAAUUGAUUAUCAAUAGUUGCAGAUUAAUUUUCCAUUAGUUGAAUAAUUGAUUGACUGACGAACUUGCCAGGUUUCCAUUGGUAACCAUUCAGUCAGUUCUUGGCAUCAGUGUCAACCACUUUAUAACAAGAACAAAAAAGAGAGUAUAAGAUAAAACACAGACUGGAGAGAAUUUAGUUUGGUUUACUGUAAUAAAAGCUUUUAUUCAUUAAUAAUUAAUUUUUUAACUCCCCUAAAAUAUAAAGUGGCUAAUAAAUGGCUACCAUAUUUUCAGUUUUGGCAACCAAGAGCUGAUGCCUGGUGGCCAGCCUGGCAUUUUCAGAUGUCAUCUGUAAUCUUUGCAGCUCUAGACUGAACAUCAUUUUCUUGCAGCCAUCCAAACUGACAAACUCUCGCUGUGUGACGACAUCAAAAUGUAACAGCCUACAAACACAUCCGGAGGAUUUGGAUAAAUUUAUUUUCAGAUAUGAGAGUUCGUUUCUUAAGGCAGAAAUUUUGUAAUUGUACUGUCUCCAUUUAUAAGUAAAAAAGAAAGAAAAAAACAUUUUAAGUUCUGGUCACAACAGCAAAAUUCACACACGCACCUUUGCAACAUACAAAGUUCUCAAAGCUUUGUGAUCACUAACACGCUGCCCGUUAAACAUGAGUCAGUCACAGCAUCUCUCUGAGCUUCUCUCUGUUUCCUCUGCGCUCGGAUGUUUACUCUUCGGGGACAUUGUGUUCAUUUUAUUCAAUAAAAAGUUAAUUAAGGGGAAAUUAAAGCUCUCAGAAGGAACGCUUUGUUAAUUAGCACUAAUGCGACAAAACAUUCACACAGUUAAUUUAAAAGAUGUUUUAGUUCCAUCGACUCCUGUCUCAGUGCUGCUUGAAUAAACAUCUGUUAUUCAUGCUGGAGCUGCACGAUCUGAGCAAAAAUAUAACAAAGCUGAAUGUCAUAAUAACAAUACAUAAACAGUUUUCUGCUGUUUUCAGUGUGCGGAUAAAACACAGCAAAUUGUUAAUUGAAUCAAUGAAAGAAAAUUAUUUCCAACAUUGAGCUGAACACAAAAGGCACCAUUUGGAAAAAGAAUGAUGGUUACAUUACAAAGUGCAGCGGUGUGUUUAUUGUGCACAUUGACAUCGUAAUGACCGUAAAAAAAAAUAUGUUGCAGCUCUAGUUUAUACGCAGUCAGCGAAGGUUUGAUAAAACUGUAUUGUACAACACAGCCAAUAAGCUACAAUAGAUUCUUUAAUUUUCGACUCUCGGGCUCUCCGUUCCCUCAAAGGUUUCUUCUGUAAUGACGGCUUCAUGUUGUUCCAUGGCAGCAUUUUCACCACAUUUACUCCAGGAGAGAAUCUAUCAAACGCUGUGAUAACUUUAAAUUCAAUGGGGAAAAAUUUUGCAGCAGAAUUUCACUGUGUUCUGGUGCGACUGGUCCGUUAUACAGGACAAACUUUAACGCUGGAAUCCAUAACUGUGCACGCAUCGUUGCCCUCUCCAGCAGGGCUGCAUGAAAUGCAAUUAAAGUCAUGAUGCAAUUGUUUUGACAGAUAUUGCAGUUAUGAUAAUGUUGCAGUUCAUUUUCACUGCCGAAAAAAAUAUAUAAAAUGAUGAUGAUGGGUUUUUGCUGGAGUCGGUUUGGAGCUAGAACUGAGAUGAUAAUAUCUGACACUGAAAAAGAAAAUCCAUUCUGAUGUGUUUUUCGAUGACAUUUUUCAGGUUUUUUUGUCUUUCUUGUUUUAUGGUGACUUUUCCGCUGAUUUUUUUUUUUUUUUUUUUUUUUUUUAAACAAUGACAGGUUUUUUUUUUCCAGUUUCAACUUUGUCACUGUUUUGGCUAGUGCAGAGGAGUAUGAGGGGAGGAGGAAGGACAGUAUGUGACAUUGAAAAAAGAGUGACAUGAAGAAAACAAUCUGUAGCUUGUCAUUGAAAAACACAUCAGACUGCAAAAAUAUGAAUUUAAAAAUAAAUAAAAUGAAAUCAUUUUCAAUUUCUCUGUUUUGUUUUUCAGUGCCACAGUUUCCUUUUUGAUGCCAAAACCUACUGUCACUGUUCUAGCUCCACAGGUCUGCACCAAACAAACGUGUUCCCUCAUGUAUGGAAUAUGAUUUGUAGGCCGAGACAUAUUAUGAUUUGGAUAAUACUUUGAUUAAUUGUGCAGCCCUUCUCUGCAGCAGUGACAGGUCGUCCAAAUUUAGUCUGAAUAAAAGAAAAUAAACACCAAUCGACCAAAACGUGAAUAGCUCUGAUUGUCUCGUUACAAUAUAAUGUUCUGCAGGGAAACCUUGGGUCCUGGCAUUCAUGUGGAUGCCUCUUGACAGGCACCACCCAGGUACUCCCUCAUGGCAACAGCACUCCCUGAUGGCAGUGGCCCCGCAGCACAACAGUGCAGCAUAUAAACUGCUCUGGAAUGGCUCGAGGAACGUGACACAGAGCUCAAGGUGCCGACCUGGCCUCCAAAGUCCCAAGAUCCCAAUCUGAUUGAGCGUCUGUGGGAUGUAAGGGUACUCCACCUCACAACCCACAGGACUCAAAGGAUCUGCUGCCAGCACCCUGCUGCCUGGCACCACAGGACACCACCCAGAGGUCCUGUGUUCAUGCCUCGACUGGUCAGAUCCAAGUCUGAUUAUACAGUGAGGCCUCUGACACAGGACCUCUGAGGAUCCGCCACAUCCCACAGAUGCUCAGUCAGACUGGGAUCUGGGGAAUUAGAGGCCAGUUGGAGGCCUUGAGCUCUUUGUGAUGUUCCCUGGACCAAACCUGGGUAGCUUUGCAGUGUGGCACUGUGUAUUGUCCUGCUGGGGCCACUGCUACCACCGUGAUGGGUUGUACAUGGUCUGUAAAGGUGUUUGGGUGGGUGAAGUGUGUCAAGUGCCGUCGACAUUAACGUCAGGACCCAGGGAUUCCCUGCAGAGCAUCAUAUUGCAACCUGAUGAAGUUACUUCACCUGUCAGUGGUUUUAACGUUGUGGCUGAUUGGUGUAAUUUGACCUUGAAGCAGAGUGUUGAGAGAGUCUGUCUACACAUAAUAAUCAGUCAUACUUCUGGAUAUAUAAAUGAUUUAUUAAAGACAUUAUGGGUUCCAGCUUUCACUCUGAGUAACUCCUGACUUCAUGCCUUUAUAUCUUUUCUGUCUUUUGAUAUUUGUUUAUCAGGUUUUAGGUGAAUCCUUCUACUUUUCUAGAUUUUUAUCAGUGCUUUUAAUUUGUUUUUGAAAAACGUCUCUUUCUGACUUUACAAAGAAAAAAUGUCUGAAGCUUCUUAAAACAACUUUUUAAUGAGCUAGUCUUUGACCUCAGCUCUCAGCAAGUUAUACGAGUUAUAUUUCUCUCAGCUGAACAUUUUCAUCUCUGUGUGUAGAAAUGAUUCAACAAACUGUUUUCAGUCAAAUUAACCAGCAAAACUUUCCUGUUUCGACACAACAACACAUUUAAAGUGUAAAUAAGUGAAUGGUUUAUACACUUGUAUAAGAAACUAACUGUAUAAAGCUGUAGAUUUAUUUUCAUAGAUUGCUUAUGGAUCAGGUUGGUUCGCUCUGAUAUGUUUUAGGAUCCUGACAGUGCUUGGUAGAUGAGCGCAGAGCUUCUGUUGCUUCUCUUCACUUAUUGUGAAACUUCAUUUCUUGCUGUUUGAGUUCACUGCAGCUCCAGACGGUGCAUUCAGGCGUUCCUUGACAACUCAGACAAGUGAGAGGCUCACAGCCCACAGCAGAGUCUUGUUUAUAUAUCCACCUGAACGAAACACAUGAUUUGGUCAUGUGGUCGUUCUCUGAGUUGACGAGGGCGAGCCUGAAGGCACCACGAGUUCAUGUCACAUCAAGUUACAAUUCAAAAGCCAAUGUGUUAUUUUUGUUUAAAGCAUGAAGAGGUUUUUUUGAGGAAUUUUAACUUUGAUUAAAAUGAUGAACUUCCA